AUGUCGGAGCCGUUGGAUCCAAUAACAGCGUUCGAAGACAACUUUGAGCCAUGCAGUGGAGAGGGCAAGCAAAUGGACGAAAAAGCCCACUAUGUAAUGCCGGACCGAGAGCAAUAUCUCGCAAGCCUCGAAGCCAAGCUGCGGAAAAUCAAGGGUACCAAGAGGACAGAGAAAGAAGAGGCUCGAAGGAUGGUCCAAGAAAUGCAGCUCCAUAAAGAGGAUCGCUGGGGCAGCGCAAUGCAGGAAGUGAUACCUAUUGAUUUCUCGAACGAUUUCCAGGAGGACCCUUGUGCAGCGCCUUUCAUCGUCAGGUUCCUGUUCCCUGAGAGAUCGGCGUUGACAGCUGAUGAGCUCCAGAAGCUACUUGAAAACGAUUGCCUCACGGCUCUCGUGGACCACGAAGGGGACCCCGUGACUUUGAACCAAGACGCCGACUCCUCUUCUCCGCAACCAAGUCCAUGAAAUGAGUCUUGUAUAAAACGGCUCGUCAUGAUUCAUGGUAGAUUCUAGGCUGCGAGCCUCGAGCACCGGCUGGAUCUCAUUGUGUACAUAGCUCUGAGAAGUUUUGGGAUUUUCGCGGAAGUUCCGACUCAUUAUGUAGAUAAGCUGAAUAAUCAUUGAAGUUAAUUUAUACGGCGCGGCGUCUCCCAGCUGUCUAUUUAUUCCAUCAGGUGCAAUAAAUCACUGUGGCGACUGA